GGGCAGUCGCGCGGGGCGCGGGCCAAGCUGGAGACUCGGCAGAGUGCGGCGGGCCGCCUCUUCCUGGGCCUGGCAAGCAGCUCCUAGUCCGCAGGGCUCUCGGAGGAGAACAGAGCCCCAGCUUCCUCCUCCUGCCAGGGAAAUCAGAAAGAAUGAAAGCGUAUUUGAAGAGCGCCGAUGGCUUUUUUGUCCUGAAUAAAAGCACCACAAUUGGCAAGCAUGCAGAUUCGGACCUCGUCUUACAGUCCGCAGAUAUAGACAACCACCAUGCCCUCAUUGAAUUCAACGAGGCCGAGGGCACCUUCGUCCUUCAGGACUUUAACUCCCGCAACGGCACGUUUGUCAACGAGUGCCACAUUCAGAAUGUGGCGGUGAAGCUGAUCCCUGGGGACAUUCUGCGGUUCGGGUCUGCAGGGAUGACCUACGAGCUGGUCAUUGAGAACCCAUCCCCGGUCUCCUGCCCAUGGGUAAGGGGCCCAGCACCUUGGCCAAGUCCACAGCCACACCUGUCAUCCUCGCCACCCGACAUGCCCUUCCACCACGGUAUCCAGCCAGCAACAGUGCAGAGAAGUUGGUCGCAGGGUUGUCCCAGACCCACCAUGGUCCCGCCUGCCCCUCACCAGCGGCCCAUGAGUGCCAGCGGGAAGAUGUUUUCCUUUGUGAUGGACCCAAAGUCCCCUGUCAUCAACCAAGUGUGGGCCAACGCUAUGGACAUGUCAGAGCAAUGCAUGAUGGAUGGACUCUCCGGGACGAUACCUCCCACCGAGAUCUUCAUGGACCACGACCUAAGCCAGCAAGACAAGGACGAGAUCAUUCUGCUCUUGGGGAGAGAGGUUAAUCGGCUCUCUGACUUUGAAAUGGAGUCCAAAUAUAAAGACGCUCUGAUCAUGAACCUGCAGGCUGAGGUGGCCGACCUGAGCCAAAGGUUGUCGGAGACAGCCGCUGCCGCUGCAGCCAGGCAGAGUAACAGGUGUGACCCGAAGCUCCAGGGCGCGGAUGAAGGCGACAAUCUCAGGCAGAAGGAGAUUGAGAGCAUGAAAAGCCAGAUCAACGCUCUUCAAAAAGGCUAUAGCCAGGUGCUGAGUCAGACACUGGCAGAGCGCAACACGGAAAUCGAAUCCUUGAAGAAUGAGGGCGAGAAUUUAAAGAGAGACCAUGCCAUUACAUCAGGGAUGGUGACAUCUUUACAGAAAGACAUGUCAGCACGCAACGAGCAAGUUCAACAGCUGCAGGAGGAGGUAAAUCGACUGAGGAUCGAGAACAAGGAGAAGGAGUACCAGCUGGAAGCCCUGAGCUCCAGGUGUUCAGUGAUGAAAGAAGAGCUAAGAAAGGAAGAGGCUCAGAAGGAUCGCAGGGAGGCUCAGGAGAAAGAGCUGAAGCUAUGCAGAAGUCAAAUGCAAGACAUGGAGAAAGAAGUGAGGAAGCUCAGAGAGGAACUGAAGAAGAACUAUACGGGUCAGAACAUCAUCUCCAAGACGCUACGAGAAAAGAACAAGGUCGAAGAGAAGCUUCAGGAAGAUUCCAGAAGGAAAUUGCUUCAGCUGCAAGAAAUGGGGAACAGAGAGAACCUCAUUAAAAUCAAUUUGGAAAGGGCAGUAGGCCAGGUAGGAGCGUUCCAUGACCCUCCUUGCUGGGUCUCCUACACCAGGCAGCCAAGUCUGACAUCUUACUGUCUGUCCUCUGGCCAGCUGAUAGAGAAGAUCAUCCAGGUCACCGAGGACAACCUCAGCUUCCAGCAGAGGAAGUGGACCCUGCAAAGGGAGACCCAUCUGCACCCCAAGCAAGAGGAGACCAUGCACAGCGUGGAGAAGCUGAGGGUGCUGCUGGACAAGUGCCAGGCUUGCAUGAGGGAUUCCUGCAGCAGCAUCGACCUGAAGAAGGAGGUGGAGCUCCUUCAGCACCUGCCGCUCAGCCCGCUCGUGUCAGGACUUCAGAAGACGGUAGUGAACAUCCUGAGGGUGUCCCUGUCCUGGCUGGAGGAAACAGAGCAGCUGCUUGGGGACCUGGACAUCGAGCUCUCGGAUUCUGACAAAGGGUUCUCUCUGUGUCUGAUAUACCUUCUGGAACAUUACAAGAAAAUUAUGAGCCAGUCCCAGGAACUUCGGGCCCAGAUGAACGCCUCUCGGGAAACACAGAGGUCUCUGCGGCAGGAGCACCUGGCUGAGAAAGAGAAGCUGGCAGAGAAGCUGGAGCAAGAAGAGAAGCUGAAAGCCAAAAUCCAGCAGCUGACAGAAGAGAAGGCAGCUCUGGAAGAGAGCAUCGGUCAGGAGAAAAGCAGAUCGGAGGAGGCCCUGGAGAAGGCGCAAGCCCGAGUCCGUGAGCUGGAGAACCACUUGGCUAGUCAAAAGGAGGCCUUGGAAAACAGUGUGGCUCAAGAGAAAAGAAAAAUGCGGGAAAUGCUGGAGGCAGAAAGGAGGAAGGCACAAGACCUGGAGAAUCAGUUGACCCAGCAGAAGGAGAUCUCAGAGAACAACACGUAUGAGAAACUCAAGAUGAGAGACACUCUAGAGAAGGAGAAGAGGAGAAUACAGGACCUGGAGAAUCGCCUGACCAAGCAAAAAGAGGAGAUAGAAUUAAAGGAGCAGAAAGAAAAUGUCUUAAAUAAUAAAUUAAAGGACGCCCUGGUCAUGGUAGAGGACGCUCAGCAGAUGAAGACAACCGAGAGUCAAAGAGCCGAGACGCUCUCUCUGAAGUUAAAGGAAACAUUAGCAGAGCUAGAAACAACCAAGACGAAAAUGAUCCUGACGGAUGAUCGGCUGAAGCUGCAGCAGCAGUCGAUGAAGGCCCUGCAGGAUGAGCGGGAAUCCCAGAAGCACGGCUUCGAGGAGGAAAUCUCGGAGUACAAAGAGCAGAUCAAACAGCACUCGCAGACCAUCGUGAGCCUAGAGGAAAGGCUCUGCCAAGUGACUCAGUACUACCAGAAGAUAGAAGGGGAGAUCGCAACGUUGAAAAACAACGAUCCAGGACCGAAGGAGGAAGCACCCCAAGAGCUUACAGCAGGACCCCCCCUGGACAGUGGCGACAAAGAAAUAGCAUGCGACCACCUGAUAGAUGACUUACUAAUGGCUCAGAAGGAAAUCCUAUCCCAGCAGGAGAUUAUCAUGAAGCUGAGGACUGACCUCGGGGAAGCUCACAGCCGCAUGUCAGACCUGAGAGGGGAACUAAGCGAGAAGCAGAAGAUGGAGCUGGAGCGGCAGGUAGCCCUGGUGCGACAGCAGAGCGGGGAGCUGAGCAUGCUGAAGGCGAAGGUGGCGCAGACGACUGGCCUGAUGGAGAAGAAGGACAGGGAACUGAAGGUCCUCAGGGAGGCGCUCAGGGCUUCCCAAGAGAAACCCAGACCCCACCUGAGCACGGAGCAGAAGCCUAGGAAUCUGAGCCAGAAGUGUGACAUCUCAUUGCAGAUAGAACCAGCCCACCCAGACUCAUUCUCCAGCUUCCAAGAGGAGCAGUCCUUCAGUGACCUGGGGGUCAAGUGCAAAGGGUCUCGACACGAGGAAACCAUCCAGCGGCAGAGAAAGGCCUUGUCGGAACUCCGAACGCGAGUCAGAGAGCUGGAGAAGGCCAACUCCUCCAAUCAUAAGGACCAUGUGAAUGAAUCGUUCCUAGAGCUCAGGACCCUCCGGAUGGAAAAAAAUGUACAGAAAAUAUUAUUAGACGCAAAGCCCGACUUGACAACUCUCGCAAGAGUAGAGAUCCGACCGCCUCAGAACGGCCCUUUCAACUCGGGCUCCACCUUGGUCGUGGAGAAGUCCAUGAAGACAGACGCUGGGGAAGCCUUAGAACUCAGUGAGAAGCUGUACACAGACAUGAUCAAGACGCUCGGCAGCCUGAUGAACAUCAAGGACAUGUCCAGCCACGUGUCCCUGAAGCACCUCUCACCCAAAGAGCGGGAGAAGGUCAACCACCUCCGACAGAAGGACCUGGACCUGGUGUUUGAUAAGAUCACUCAGCUCAAGACCCGGCUUCAGAGAAAAGAGGAGCUCCUGAAGGGCUACGAGCAGGAACUCGAGCAGCUCAGGCAUAGCAAAGUGUCCGUUCAGAUGUACCAGACGCAGGUAGCCAAACUGGAGGAUGACGUUCACAAAGAGGCAGAGGAAAAAGCGCUGCUGAAGGAAGCCCUGGAGCGCACAGAGCAGCAGCUGAGCCAGGAAAGGAGAUUCAACAGGGCCUUCAAGCAGCAGAAGGAUCGAGGAGAGGAUCCGGAGCAGAGAAACACGUCCUACAGCCCCUUCAAAGACAAUGAGAAGCAGAGACACUUGUUUGUUGAGAUGGUCAAGAGCAAGAUGCAGAACUCAAGUGUCCAGGCUGGAGCCAAGAAAGCCACCCUGAAGACAGGCCAAGAGAGAGAGACAAAGAAGGAGGCAUACAAGUCGACCCAGAGCCUUUCAUUUGUUAAACCCGGAGGAAAGAACUAGAAAACACACUGUCCCAGGGCUUCACGCGAUCCUGAGUCGGUAUGACUCUCCAGUAACAAAUACUGAGGGACCUUUGUGACGUGUUGAAGAUGGAUGCUUGGAUGCCUUGCAUUCUAGAUUAAUAUUUUCCACAGAACUUACUUUGGAGUGUAUAAGGAGGAGACUUUUAAAAAUUAUCCAUAAAUGUAUAUACAUGCACGUAUAUGAAGAAUAUGUCUAUAACCCAGACUCCUUCGGCUUGUGGAUGCAGUUGUUCACAUGUGGGUUAUGAUGCGCCCAAGUUCUGGCUCCUCUAAGGAGCUCCAGAGAGACCCAGCUGGAGCCAUGGGGCAACAGGGAUGCUUCAAGCCCUUGGCCACAGUAUGAUGAAUUUAUAUCAGAGUUUAUCAUAAUAAAUUUAGAAUGCCAAUCAAUUCUGUCACUUCUGUAAUCCUGACCGACAUUUCUGUGACCCUUUGUAGUUCUCAAAACAUUUAUCAACCUUUUCCCCAAGCCCUGAAUUGCUCCAUUUCACAGAUCAGGAUGCUGAAGUCCAGAGAGGUUGGCUGGCCUACCUACAGUCACUGGCUAGUAAACUAGGCUUGGAAGGCUGCUUUCA